AGGGAUGCUGUCCAUGGGGCACAGCUCCCUUUUCCCCUCUCCACACAGCUGUACACGCAGCCUGAAGCUCGGGCUGCUUGCAGCUACUGGGGAGGGUAGCCAGGACAAAGUGAAACAGGGUGACAUUCCAGGCCCUGCCCAAAGGGUUAUGCUGCAGGGUGCCCAGGGGUACAGGGCAGGUAUGAACAGGAAGGGUGCCUCGCCAGUUAGGUGAAGGUAACCCAGGCACCCCACAACUCUCCAGAACCACCGUCCUCAGUCUGAUCCAGAAUUGUGACAAGGGGUUUCAGAAUGGGGUGAACUCCUGCAAUUAACCUAAAGUCUCAGGAGUUUUCUCCUGCAAUCUUAAAAUGGUCAAUUUACCACUCUUUAAUGACUAAUCUAAAAACCUCGAAAAUCUGAUAAGAUGUUUUAAUUGAUCUAAUUUUUCCCUCUAGCUUCAGCCUAGUCAGAGCCAGAGAGGAAAGUCCUAAGAAUGUUUUUUUUUAAUUUUACUCAAACAAACUUGACUUAUGCAGAAUUUGUCCCUGUUUUGUAGGAGGCAGCCUAGUGGGGAGUUCCAGUGGUGCGGGAGGAGUUCCCUUUUGCUGGUGUUGCAGCCUGUUCAAACACAAGAACAGAAGGCUUGACAUUUCUGUUCCGUGCAGUUUUGAACAUUGAGUACACACAGUAUUUCACGAAGGAGAUGGUACUUUGCGGGACUAUCCAUACAGUGGAGCAGCUUCGUAGAACAACAAGUAAAGGGAGAAACAGACAUAGCAGAUCCUUCAUCUUUCACACCCCUUCUCAGUCCUUGGUGUUCCAUCACCCUUGGCAGCAAAAAGAAGAUGAGGCUGGACAUUUCUAAGCCAUGCAAUUUCCAGCACAGGGUGCACAUGGAGUUUGAUCCUCAACUACAAAUAUGUACAGGACUGCCGCUGCAGUGGCGCAACUUGGGGGCAGAGAUGGUAAAGCAGCCCAAAGCAGACCCGUCAUCCAGCACAUCCUCGCAACUUGCUGCCAUGAAGCCAUGUAGAGCAUCCUAUGAAGACAGCUGGGAUGCUCUGCAGCUUGUCUGCAGCCCCGGUGACCCUCGGGAAUUCCUCGCAAAUUUUGUGCAGCUGGGAGAAGGGUCAACGGCAAUAGCCGACCAAGGCACAGUCACGGACACAGAAAAAAGAGUGGCCAUCAAAAGAAUGGACAUAACGCGACAACAGAAGCCUCAGCUACUUUUGAAUGAGAUAAAUCAUGUUGCUAUGAGCAAUUACCAUCAUGAAAACAUGGUUGAAAUGUACAAUCCUCCUUAUCUUGUUGGAGAUGAGCUGUGGGUUUUAAUGGAUCUUUUAGAAGGUGGGGCCUAAGAAAUUGUAACUCACAUGAGAAUGAAUGAAGAACAAAUAGCCAUAGUGUGCUUAUCUGCCCUGAGGGCUCUUUGGUAUCUACACAACCAAGGGAUUAUUCAUAGAGACAUCAAGAGUGACUGCAUCCUCCUCACAAGUGAUGGCAGGAUAAUGUUAGCCGAUUUUGGCUUCUGUGCCCAACUUUCAGCACGAGUCCCAAAGAGUUCAUCAUUUAUUGGGACUCUGUACUGGAUGGCACCAGAGGUUAUAGGAAGACUACCAUAUGGAAAGGAGGUGGAUAUCUGGUCCAUGGACAUAGUAGUCAUCGAAAUGAUUGAUGGACAACCUCCAUAUUUUAAUGAGACCCCAUACCAGGCAAUCCAUAAAAUCUAUGACAGCUUGCCUCCAAGAAUGAAGACCCUAUACAAGCUUUCAUCAGUGCUUCAAGACUUCCUACAUUCUAUAUUGGUAAGGGAACCCUCCCAGAGAGCAACAGCAGAAGAUCUCAUGGAACAACCAUUUUUGGAACUAGCAGGCCCACCUGCUUGCAUGAUACCUCUCCUAAAAACACAUAGGCACCUCUAA